UUUGACAGGCGUGGUUGCUUCGGCUCUCUCUCUCUCAAAUUGUGUUCUGUUUCGUUAUCUACUGCGAUUUGUAUACUACAUAAUGGCGCAUUCUGUUAGUUUGGAUGACGUAGAGGCCUCGCGAGUAUCAGAAACGGGGCCCACCAGAAUUGAUCAUGAAAAUGAUGAAAUGGCAGCAGAAGAGGCAACUGGACAGUCAUCAGAUCAUGCAGUCAGUAAACCUCAGUUGCCUGUAUGCAUACUUUGUCUUGGAAUGGCCGGUUCCGGGAAGACGACGUUUGUGCAGAGAAUUAAUGCUCAUCUUCAUGCCCAGAAGAUGCAGCCUUAUGUGAUCAACCUCGAUCCAGCAUGUUAUGAAGUACCUUUUCCUGCCAAUAUUGACAUCCGGGAUACAGUAGACUACAAGGAAGUAAUGAAACAGUAUGGCCUGGGACCUAAUGGUGGCAUCGUGACUGCACUCAACUUGUUUUCGACUCGAUUUGAUCAAGUCAUGGCUUUUAUUGAACGACGCAGCUCAGAGUGUCAGUAUGUGAUACUAGACACUCCUGGGCAGAUCGAGGUUUUCACCUGGUCAGCAUCGGGUGCUAUUAUUACGGAAAUUCUGGCAUCUAGUUUCCCUACAGUGAUUGUGUAUGUUAUGGAUACAUCUCGGUGUGUUAGUCCUGUGACAUUCAUGUCAAACAUGCUUUAUGCAUGUAGCAUUCUGUACAAGACAAAGCUGCCCUUUCUUGUUGUUCUCAACAAGACCGACAUUGUGGAUCAUAUGUUUGCUGUAGAAUGGAUGCAAGAUUUUGAUGCUUUUCACGAGGCAUUGGAACAAGAGACGAGCUAUAGUUCCAACCUUUCACGGUCGAUGGCUCUUGUUCUUGAUGAAUUCUACAAGAACCUCCGCACUGUUGGUGUCUCUGCUGUCUUGGGCACUGGACUAAAGGAAUUUUUUGCUGCCGUCGAUGAUGCCAGGAGGGAAUAUGAGAUGCAUUAUAAGCCAGAAAUGGAACGAUUAAAACGUGAAAAGGCUUUGCUAGAAGAAGGGAAGAAAAAGGAGCAAUUGGAAAGGUUACAGCGAGACUUGGGGAAAGGAAAAGAGGUUCGGGUAGCAACUGGAAUCACAAUUGGUGGAUCUUCGAAACCAGAACUUGGAAUGGGAGGUGGAGAUGACGAUAGCGACGACAGGGAGACUCAAGAGGAAAUAGAUGAAGAGCUGCCUGAAUCAGACUCAUUUCAGCGCUUUUUACAGAGACAAGGCAAUAAACAGUGAAGAGAUAUGGAGAUAGUUUUAGCUUACCUGCCUCUGUCUAUAACCAACUAAAUUGAUCCAAUAACCCUGGGGGUUGUGGUUCCUUGCUGUUGAUGUUUGUAUAUUCCCACUCUACAGGGAUAUGACGCCAUUCUUUAAACAAACAAACAAACUUGGGAGAGUACAAGAGUUUGUUUGACUUGUCUAAAAACUUUAUUACAAUCUUUCAGAUUCAAGGCAAUGCAAUAACUUAG